AUGGCGGGCCUGUUCCAGCGCGUACGAGGGGCAGUAACGCGGCAGAGGAGCUCAGAAGGGAGCGGCUUGAAGAUUGUGAAAGAUUCUGAUGGUGCAGAUAUAGACAUCGUAGCCGUCCAUGGCCUUGGUGGGCAAGGCUUCAGAUCAUGGAUCUCACUUGAGGGCGGCAAGUCCAAGUUCUGGCUGGAAGAUCUUCUGGGAGAAGAUAUUCCUAAUGCGAGGAUCAUGACAUAUGGCUAUGUUUCCGAUGGGGCUAACUACCGAUACCUUGUGCACAAUGUGCUAUAUGGCAGAGCCUUGGAUUUGGUCAAGGAGCUAGGGAGUCAGCGAGAUCGUGAUGGAACAAGUAGACGCCCACUCUUCUUCAUCGCGCAUAGCCUAGGAGGGUGGAUCGUCAAACGCGCACUUAUCAUCUCCAGCGAAGCCGUAGACGCAGAGAUCAAAAAUAUCGAGUUAUCGACUUGUGGUGUGGCUUUUCUGGGAACGCUGUCUCCUGGUAGGCCGUUGUCUCCAACGCCGCUCGCGUAUGUAAUUCGAAGAACGACAUCAGGAUUUGAUGAGCUUCCAAACCGCAGUGCUUCUCGGACACCUACCAUGCAACCCCAGGCCAGUGAUAUUGAAUGGCUGGAGAAUCAAAUGGAAGCGUUCAAGGCAAUCACGGAAAACUUGCCGCAGAUCUCCUUCUACGAGACGAAACAAACAGCCGAUGGAUUCGUUGUCGAGCAGCGGCAUUCUACGUCCAGCUCCGACGGCGUACAAAUUGGACUAUCCGCCACUCAUACCGGCUUGAUCCAAUUCCAAGGUCGUGACGCAAAUUACAAGAUAUUUGUCAACAGAUUUCGCGAAAUGAUUCACAAGGCUAAAGCCACUGGUCUUUUGGAGAUGAAGCGAAAAACAUUUGACGUCGCCACAGAUCGACAACUUGAGUACUUGAGAGAUAACUUUGAUGUUCCAUACAAGCUACCCGGUGAGCCUUGCACAAUCAUACACAGAACAAGUUUGCUUGAGCUGCUCGAAGCUAGCUUUAACCCGCCCAAUGAUCCGCAAGCUUUGCAUAUCAGCAUUGCCGGCCUAUGGGGAGAUAUUGGAGCCGGUAAAACUACCCUGGCAAGAGACUACGCCGAAAUUAAUAGGGAUAAGCUUUCCUUUGUUUUCUGGAUCUGGGCCGAGAGUUGGGAGACGGCUGUGACAAGCUAUCUAGAGUUCGCCAACAAUCUUGUUCAAUACUACUCCAAGGACAUGCCUCGAAUCCAGGUAGAAAACGAUCUUGGACUCACUGGAGUCGAGGACAUGCUCAAAGUAAAGAACAUUCAGCAGCUGGAUACAUCAAGAGUCAAGUCUGUGGUCCGGGCUGUUAAGGACUGGCUUAUGAGACCAGACAAUGACAAUUGGCUCCUCAUCCUCGAUAACGUGGAACCGUCGUUUGAUAUAUCCGACUUCAUUCCUCUUACACUCACUGGUAAGAUCAUCUUAACUUCAAGGGAGAGCAGUGGCUGUAUCUGGGGGACAAAACUACGCAUUGGGCCUAUGCUGGAUAAAGAAGCAGUGGACCUACUUCGUUCAGUAGUAGGGGACGAUUCUCUGCAGAAUGACCGUGAAGUUGAAGCGGCUUACAAGUUGGUGCGCCAGCUCAAAUGCCACCCUCAGUCUGUAGCCCUUGCAGCUUCUACAAUCAGCAAGAAAAGUCUUGAUGUGUCUCAUUUUCAGAGCCAGCUCCAGUCCAAUAUGCCGCUUAGGCUAUUAGGCUCAACUCUUGAUCAAUCUUCCGUAACGAGGACAGUGCUUCGUGUUAGCGCGAUGCUUUCGUAUACAGUGAUUCCAGUUGCUCUUUUCAAUCCAUCGAAAGGGCCAAAGAAUAUUCCAACGCGAUUUGCAGAUGCUUUUGCGGAAAUUAGAGCAUUUCGAGAUGCGCACAGGCUUGACGACGUUUUGCAGUACCUCUUUGAUCAGAAUUUCAUUCAGACUUCUUCUACUGAGUCACCACCAGCAUCAGCGACUUCAUCGCCUAGCUCGCCUUCCGCGUCGCAAGAUACAAAUUCCUCUACAACAUCCUUUGAAACGUUCAUACUUGACCCUGCAGCUCGCGAAUACGUGCGUGCCACGCUAAAAGAUGAUGAACAAAAAGAAAACGCAUGGCUAGCCUGCAAUAUCUGUGUAGAUGGAAUUCGGGAACAAGAAACGACUUCUUCAUAUCUGCGGGAAAUUCAUGACUUUGGAAGAAUCAUGGCUCCUCAUGCAAAAGCUUGCUACGAUGACUGGUCCAGUAUCCUGGAGCAUGACGAGGACGACGUUGCCUGGCAAGUCUUGGGAAAUGUGUGCAUGACACAAGGUGCCUUGGAGCAAGCUAUCGAUGUCUUGAGGAAUAUUGACUUGGCAUCUAUUGACAAAGCCCUUGGGUUUAGAAUUGCAUUAGCCAAAGUCUCAGCGGCGGCUGCUCAGGGGGAUUUUGAUUAUGCGGAAGACCAGUAUGGUAUUAUUGAACAUGCGCAGGAGGAAGAGCUCGGGCCUACAGAUGCGACAACUGUGAGUACUGUGCAAAAGCUCGCGUCUACGUGGGAACAGCUGGGGAAGCUGGAAGAGGCUCAGGCGCUCUACCGCCGCGUAUAUAUCUCUUACCUGAGAAUGUUUGGCCAAAGCCAUCCCCUAACUGUUGAAGCUCUCGAUGAGCUUGCACACGUCUCAAAAGCCAGCAACGCCAUUGACGAAGCCGAGACUCUCUACAACAAAUCACUAGAGAUCAAAACUAGGACUCUUGGAGCAGAACAUCCUAACACUGCCGAUGCUUUGCAGAGGCUUGCCGUUAUUGACGAUGUACGGUGCCGUUACGAAGACGCCAAAGUCAAGUAUCAAAAGGCCUUGGAUAUCAUGGCUGCGUCACUCGGCAAAGCUCAUCCACUAUACACAACCACAAUGGAGAAUCUAGCAUUAAGCAGUCGUCUACGUGCCAAUGCAUUUGGCGAGGACGAUGAUACUAGAUCGAUAGUAUCUGCCGAAGGAGGUACCAGCAAUCGUGCUUUCCGUCACCGCGCUCGCCGUCGCCUCACGGCCACCUCAAUAGCUACCAUUACUCGAGAAAGCUAUGCUACAAAUAAAUCCAAAGAAGAGGCUGUGCUUCGUGAUGCCUCUCGCCAGCGCGCUUUUGCCGAAGCAGAGAAACUUUAUCUCGAUGCUCUAGGCAUCAAAAAGUCUGCGACUCAGCUGUACCACGAGGAAGAGGUGGUUGAAACAGCAUCGAAACUACGAGAGAUGUAUGAAAACGAACCCUUUUUUGAAGACUGCCGAGAUGAAAAAGUCUUUGCCUUGAUGGGCCUUUUGAGAGAGAUGAAGAGGAGAGGGACAUUGUAA